GACAGGAGGAUAAGCAAAAUCACAUUUGAUAUCGUUUGUCACGCAGAGUAUAAAUUUGACACCAAGUAUCUUCUUUCCAAGCAUACCAUAAUUCGGCUUCAACAUGAAUUCAACGCUCGCCAUUGUUCUGGUCACCUUCCUCUUUGCUGCGGUCACAGCCGCCCCGCAGCCUUACCAGGGAAGACCAGAGGACCCUGAACCAUCCAUUACUGUGACGACAUGCGGUGGUUAUUUGGACGCAUCAUCUGCCUCGAUCGAGUUUCAACUUGGCGGGUCAAUCCGUGCCGAUAUGAGAUGCGUCUGGAUUGUGCAGGCACCUUACUCCAUGCAAAGGUUCAACCUGGUGUCGUCCGGUUUGAAGGAAACGGAUGAACUUUACAUUACCACGGUAUCCGCUGCUGGGCUUGGAAACUCAGAAAAAUUAGAUACGCUUGGUCAGAACAUAACUUUACAGGGAAGAACCGCUAUGAUCACUUUGGUCGUUGGACACUCCCCAACGCUAGGAUUUAGGAUGGAAUAUUAUGCGAGCGGUUCCACCGAAGUUCAGAUUAUAAAAAGUCACACAAUCUUGACUACAGCGAAAGGAAAUUUGAGCUAUCCCUUUGACGGCGGAAAUUAUUUGAAUAACGAGAGGGCCUUGUUUCCUAUUGCCCCAAGUGUCCCGGGACACCCGACCCUCCGUUUCACGAGGGUAGAUCUUGAACUUGGUUCUUCCUGCCAAUUUGACUCGAUAAGGAUUUACAAUUGGUUUGAUUGGCGUUAUCUCCAAGUGGCGAUAUUUUGUGAGAAUACAAUUCCAACCAGUGUAACGUUCCAAGAUGGCGCGGGUGUCGUCUUCUUUUCAUCAGAUUCUAGCGUCGCUAAAACUGGGUUCGACUUUCAGUAUGAGUAACGUACCAAAUACAAAUUAUAAGCACGUUGUACACGAGGGACAGAUACAAAAUAGUAUAUCUUCUUAGUUCAUAAAUUAAAAAUAAGGAGUAAGGAUGGGGAUGAGACUCACUGUAAACUGUAGAAUCCGGAUUUAAGGGACAAUGGUCAAUGUUUCGAACCUUCGUUCUUCUUCAGGACCGGGGGAGAAUUUGUGGUGACUGCUCACGGGAAGAACUAAUGUGAGUGUGAAGGAAUGGGAAUAGGAAGGAUGGAAAGGAAGACUGCCAGACCACGUGGGCGUUGCAGUCUUCCUUUCCAUCAGUGUAGAAAACCAAGCUGGCUCAAACUUUUCCUUGCUAAAUACCUUCAAUGUAU